UUUCAAUUAGUUCUAUCCCCACUGAAAAAACUAGUAUAAAUGUUGACGAAUGAUUGAUAAGAUAUCACUUGACAGUUGAAAAUCAAGAAAACAAACCAAAUCAAAAUGUUCAAAUUGUUCAUUCUUGUUGCCAUUUUCGCCGUUGCCAUAGCUAACCCCGCUCCUGAAGCAAAAGCUGAUCCAAAGGCAUCACCAGAUCCUAGCCUGUUUGCAGCCUAUACUGCUCCAGUUGUCGCCGCUCCUGUUGCCUACACAUCUGCCUAUUCUGCUCCUUUGGCUUAUGCUAGUUAUGUCGCUCCCUCUGUAUAUUCUGCUGGAUAUACUGCCUACUCACCUUAUGCGGGAUCUUACGUCGUUUUAUAGAAUACUCAUAACUGUGAUAUUAAUUUUUCUCAAUAAAUGUGAUUGAAACUCAA